CAUCCAUUUUGCAUAGUUACGCGUGUGUGUCGAAGGCUGCUCUGCUCCUGCGAUCGGUAUCACACCGUGAAGAACGUUUUUCCUGCAAUGGACGGCAUUGCAAGUGAUGUUGCAGUUGGUGUGAAGAGAAGCUCAGAUGAAUUGCUGUCUGGCAGUCUGUACAACAGUCCAAAUUCUUCAGUCACUGCUAAUGGAAGUGACAGUAAAAAACUAAGGGUGGAGGACAGCAUGGAUAGCCCACCAUCCAGAGUCAUUCAUAUCCGGAAACUCCCCAAUGAGGUUUCCGAGACUGAGGUCAUCGCCCUGGGUUUGCCCUUUGGAAAGGUCACUAAUAUCCUGAUGCUUAAAGGCAAAAAUCAGGCAUUUUUGGAGCUAGGAACAGAGGAAGCAGCUGUUACUAUGGUGAACUACUACACAGCUGUUACACCUCAAGUGCGUAAUGUCCCAGUGUUCAUUCAGUACUCCAACCACAAAGAGCUCAAGACUGACAGUGCGCUCAACCAGCGAGCUCAGGCCGUGCUGCAGGCGGUGUCCGCGGUCCAGGAGGGUGGCUCUCCAAGCUCGGCCGCAGGCGAGAGUGUGUUAACGCCUGCUCCCAGCCCAGUACUGCGAAUAAUCAUCGACAACAUGUUCUACCCAGUCACCCUGGACGUCCUCCAACAGAUCUUCUCCAAGUUUGGGACUGUCAUGAAGAUAAUCACGUUUACCAAAAAUAAUCAGUUCCAGGCUCUUCUGCAGUUCAGUGACCCAGUGAAUGCCCAGCAGGCCAAACUGUCCUUGGAUGGUCAGAACAUAUACAACUCCUGCUGCACUUUGCGUAUUGACUUCUCCAAGCUGGUCAACCUGAACGUAAAAUACAACAACGACAAAAGCCGGGAUUAUACCCGGCCCGAGCUGCCCGCAGGAGAUGGUCAACCACCCGUGGACCCAUCUGUGGCCGCCACUCUCAGCAAAGAUUCCACCUCCCUGCUCGGGGCCAUCAGCCCUCUGAGUGCAGCGGCGGCGGCGGCGGCAGCAGCUGGGAGGGUGGCGUUGUCUGGACAUUCGGGACCUGGCGGAGUGCUCCUGGUCAGCAACCUCAACGAAGAGAUGGUUACGCCCCAAAGUCUGUUUACCCUCUUCGGUGUCUACGGUGACGUGCAGCGUGUGAAGAUCCUUUACAAUAAGAAGGACAGUGCUCUAAUCCAGAUGUCUGAUGGAAACCAAGCCCAGUUAGCCAUGAGCCAUCUGAACGGGCAGAAGAUGUAUGGCAAGAUCAUCCGUGUGACCCUCUCCAAGCACCAGACAGUACAGCUGCCCAGAGAGGGUUUAGAUGAUCAGGGCCUGACCAAGGACUUCACAAGUUCUCCUCUGCAUCGCUUCAAGAAGCCUGGGUCUAAGAACUUCCAGAACAUCUUCCCCCCUUCAGCUACACUCCAUCUCUCCAACAUACCUGAGAAUGUGACCGAGGAGGAUUUACGACUGCUCUUCUCAAACUCUGGCGGUACAGUGAAAGCGUUCAAGUUUUUCCAAGAUCGCAAAAUGGCUCUGCUGCAGAUGUCCACAGUGGAGGAGGCGAUUCAGACACUCAUCGACCUUCACAAUUAUGACAUGGGCCGUGGCCACCGCCUGAGAGUGUCCUUCUCAAAGUCCACCAUCUGAGGAUGCCCUGGUGCUAUGUCACCUUUCCUUUCUCUCUCCCAGGAGCCUCAAGUCGAAUUAAUUUUUACCAGUCAUUCCUUAACACCAUAUCAAGAACUUCAAUGAGAAUGGCCCUUAAAGGAACACUCGCUCUGUAUCUGCUCCUUCUAUUGUUUGUGUAUGGCCAGCUGUUAUUCUGUUUUAGGAUGGAUUGACAAAAAUGUGCCUUACUUAGCAAAAUAGCAUCAUCCCUUUGCUCUCGUUGUUACACAUUAUAGAGGCUUAGGCACAUUAUGUGUGAUGAUACAGAAAACGUAACCUUUACAGUCACCUUGCUUUGUUGUUUUGAUGGUUUUUGAAAGUGAUAGGUUUUGCUCUUGCCCAAUGUGGCCUCACCUUGUCAUUGUUCAAAACCAAUUCAAUUCAAGCUUUGAAAGCUAGUCGGCUUGCUUUGAUUCAGAGGCAGAAGCUCAUUUUUAUGAUCUAUUGAAUUGAAUCUGAACACAAGUAACUGGAUUUGAUGAAACAUACUCCAAGUUGUAAAUUAUCUCGUGAAUUUGUUUUAAUUUCGGGCUGUAGUGUUUUAUUUUUCUUCUUUGAUCAGGCACCCAAGGUACUUUUUGUAAUUGAAACCUGUGGUAAACAAAACUCUGACAGUGGUGAGCACAAUCUGUGACGUAUAGUACCUGCUUGGAUAUUUUUCACUCACUUUUGCUUCAGAGAAUUCUGUUACCAAUUUUUUUUUUUAGAUGAAAAUCAGAGCAUGUGCUGAUGGAUCUCGGCAGUUGCAUGUGUCAGAUUGACCAUGUUUGAUGUUGUGAUGUCACAUUAAUGUAGGGACUGUUGGGACCAAAGUAAAUGUGCCUUUAGUCUUACUUUAUUCUGCAUUGUACAAAAUGUUUUAUUCAACCUCUGCAAUAUUUGUAUCAACGGAGGAAAAAAAAAAAAAAAAAAAAAAUCAGACUUUCCAACAGGCAUCACUCAUAUAAAUGAUCAUUAAUUGUCCUUGUUCGUGGUUGUACAAGAAUCGCUUACUGAUUCUACUGAAAAUUGACAUUUUUGUGGUCUCGGCCUGGGAAACAAGGGGAAGGGGGGUGUUCUGUACAUUUUCUACAUGAAUUAAGUUUUUACAUCUUUAGGAAUGUAAAGUUCAGUAUAGAAGCGGCACAAUUAAAAGUUCUUUUUUCUACCAA